CUGUCAAAUUACUCGAAACAAAAUAUUACAAGUCGACGCGUAAUUUUACGUGAACUCAAAACGAUUUGCAGUCGGUUCUGGUUUAAUUCUUAAAAUUUUAGCUAUCAUUUCGUUAAACACAAUGUCUAAACCAGGAGAAAAAGCCUUGCAAGCCAUGAAGGAACUGGAUAAGUCGGUAUCAGUGUUUAAGAAACCUGUAGUUCCAAAAACUAAGAAGGAGAAGAAAAUCAUUUUGAACGAGGAAACUUAUCUGGAGGAAAUGGCUAAAAUUAUCCAACGAGAUUUUUUUCCGGAUCUCAAAAAACUGAAAGCGCAGAACGAAUAUUUGGAUGCCCUGGCAAGCAAUGACAUUGUGAAACUACGCCAAAUAUUCUCCAAAUACAACUCGAAAUCACCUCUAAUACGAGAACCCAGCCCUGCUACCUUUGAGACGCCUUUGCCUAGUGCUUCCCUUGCACCUGAUGAACCUCCCUCUGUUCGAUCAAUCGCAAGCUCUUCUUCGACCAGGAGCAACAAAUCUAUCGCUGACAAACACUCCUUGGAUUCGUUCCUGUUCAACUAUACCAGCGAAGAUAACGACAGUUUUCAGGAAAUCAUGGAAGCAGCUGAUAAAAAGCUCCGGCAAAAAUUCGCUAUUCUCUAUGAUGCAGAAGGCUCCAGUCGAUUGAGCUUGGAUAAGCAACUGGCCCUUCCGAGUAUCGAAAGCCAAUUCGAUAAAAAGGACAAGCCUAAGGAGCUGGACAUGUGGACUUACAAGAACAAGAACUACAUAAUGUACAUCCCGGAUGGCGUGGCACUUAGCCGAGAGGAGGAAAUCGAACUGGCAAACAAGAAGCAAGAAAUCGAACACAACAAUACCCGGUUGAAGGUAAAUCCUUUCAACGAGAACGAGAGCAAACAAGCAAUAGUCGAAGCGGCCAAGUCGCAAGCUAAGUGCCUUCCGGAGAAGAUUGGCGUAGACGGUAAACUGAUCGAAGCAUCUCUUACGCCAGCUGUUCGUGGAUUCAGUUUCGUCAAAAGUCCUUCACCCUGCCCAGGAGUAACUGAUAGCCCACUGUUCACGUGGGGUGAAAUCGAAGGAACGCCUUUCCGUUUAGAUGGUGGGGAUACUCCAUUGCAUCCAGCAUCGGCAGGUCCAUCGUUUCACAUAGCUGAAACAUCGAAACGUGAAACAAUAGCCCUCCAAUUAGCGGAAAAGGCAGCUGAACAGUCCCGCUCAAAAAAAGCCAAAGCCAUCGAAGCGGCGCGACGGAACAUUGCGUCACCGGUAAUCCGAAACACGUUCGAUCGACUGGCCAGUAUGUCCCCGGCGGCACGAAGGCUCGCCACCAACAAGCUGGGAUUCAUCAACACUCCCAGCCCAAUGCGAACUCCGGCUAGUUCGGUUAUGACGACACCAAGACUGCAGUCACAGUCCCGCAGGUCAAGACCAACCCCAUCGCCUGCAGGGAUGGUGCGGAGAAAAACGCCCAUGGCGGCCGUCAGGACAGACAACAGCAGUGGCAGUAGCGUUACAGCAAGUGAAGGGUCCUCUAGUGGCUUGGAUACUCUGACCGAUAACCUUUUGGAUAUUCCUUCGGCUGGUAAGCGACCGAAAGCUGCCGAUUUCUUCUGAGGUGGUUAAUGAAGUUUAUUUUUUAAAUGAAUACCGUUAAGUUAUUUAAAUUUGAAAUGGAAUAAUAAUUUGUAAUACUGAAGCUAAAA